GCAGCAAAGAUGAGACGUCGUUGUGUGGUGAGAACUGAUACAAAAUCGAUAACAACAACAAUGCCGCCAUUUUCUUUAUUUUUUGUAACCUACAAUAAAUAAAGCAGGCUUCCAGUCAAUGGAAAAAUGGCUUCUCCCCACCGGCGAUUGUUGUUGUUUACGAUUUUCUAUCAGUUCUCACCACACAACGACGUCUCAUCUUUGCUCCUUGAAUGUCGAUAUGUAAUGGUAUGGAGUUAUUGAAACUUACUACGUGUAAAAAAGACUAGAAAUUGAAUGUUUAUUUUUCAUUGAAUGUUUACAUAAAGUUGCACUGGGUGCCUUUAACAUGUUACAUGUUCUCGCGCAAAAACGUGUGUCAUGCAUUGCCUACUAGCACCUGCCUUUGCGUCUGAAAUAAUGAGGGUGUUGUGAUGUCACUUUAAUUGACCUCUUGACUCCAGCGGCUGUAUUUAUAGGCUACUACAGCCUGCCAUGAAUCAUGUACAUAACAUGUCCCUGACCAGCGUGCUGCAUGUUCGUGUAUCAAAAAGGGGCGGUGCCAGGGGAGAGAAACGUGAAUACAUUGAUUGACAUGAUGCGCGCACCAGGACAUUAUCUCGAUUACAGUAGAAUAGCAUUCUGGAUUUGAAUAAAGAACAACGACCUGAUUUAAACGUGGGCUAUAGGAUGUCAGGCGGUCAUAAUACGAGGCAAAAGCCACAAUUUUUUUUAAACAUGAAUAAAGAGUCCAUUUUCUAAGGAUGCGUCGAGCUGGUUGUUGGCUGUCCUAUCAGGAUGGCUCGAGCACCCCGCACAUUGUGUCCGGCACACGAGGAUGAACACGCAACUGUUUUGCACGAGCUACAUUUCUGGCCGCCGAUCGGAAUGUAAUUACAGUCCGGUUAUUCAAAGUAACGAGGGCAUUUUUGUCGGAAUCUCCGGAUCGCACAGCAAGGCAUCCAUUCUCUCUCCUUCUAUCUCUGGUGAGGAGCCUGAGGGGCCACACCCGGAUCGUCUAUCUGCCUGCGUACCCCCAGCCCCGCCCCAGCUAUGGGUCCCCAUUCCCCUGUCCUGUGCCUCCUUUCCCUGCUCCUCCUGCUGUCGAGCCUGAGCCAGGGCCACGGCACCAUCUCCUGCCCGGCUAACUGCCGAUGCUACAGCCUGACUGUGGAGUGUGGGUCCAUGGGCAUCCGGGACGUCCCCAAACACGUCCCGCCAACCACACAGACCAUCUUUCUUCAGGACAAUUUGAUUGGUCAGAUUCGGCGAAAAGACCUCCCACAACUGAGGCGGCUGCAUUACCUCUACCUGCAGAACAACACCAUCUCGGCCGUGGAGGCCGGCUCCUUCCAAAACCAGCAUCAACUGCUGGAACUGGCUCUGAACGGGAACCGGAUUCACCUCGUGACAGCUGAGAUGUUCCAGGGGCUGGAGCACCUCAGAAUCCUCUACCUGGCAGGAAAUGACAUCACACAGUUACAGGAUUACACAUUCCGGGGCUUGCAGCGCCUCCAAGAACUCCACCUACAGCACAACAGUAUAGAGAUGCUGUCGGACCAGGCGCUGGUCGGUCUGACCUCCUUGGCUCUGCUGGAUCUGAGCAGAAACAACCUGCACACCAUCGGGGCGGCGUCUCUACGGCCGCUGGUCAGCCUGCAGGUGCUACGUAUCACAGACAACCCGUGGCGGUGCGACUGUGCCCUCCACUGGUUGAGGAGCUGGAUCGACGAGGAGGGCCAGCGUCUGCUCAGCUCUGCCGAACGGCGGCUGGUCUGCACCGAGCCCCCGCGCCUCUCCCACCUCAGCCUGGUGGAGGUGCCCCUCAACAGCCUGGUGUGCAUCCCCCCUCUGGUGCAGCUGGAGCCCAGGAGGCUGGCCGUGCGGCUGGGGGAGAGUCUCCGGGUGUCCUGCCACGCCUCGGGAUAUCCGCGACCGCAGGUGACCUGGAGGAAGGCCUUCCAGGGUAAGGUGGUGCUGUCCCCCCGGGGCCUGGUGCACGAGCUGGGGGGCGGAGGGUCCGCGGGCGGCGGCGGCGGCGGGGCCAGAGAGGAGGAAGAGGAGGACGCCUCGGACGAAGGGAAGGUGCGUCUGCAGAAGAGCGAGGGGGGCGAGCGCUUCGACCCCGACACGGGCAGCGGCAUGCUGUUCCUCAGCAACGUGACGGUGGCGCACGCCGGCUUCUACGAGUGCGAGGCCUGGAACGCCGGCGGCGUGGCCCGGGUCACCUUCCAGCUGGCCAUCAACUCCUCCACCUCCUCGUCCUCCGCCUCCUCGUCCUCCAUCUGGGCGUCCUGGUCCCAGGCGAGCGCGCCCUACUACCCCUCCUGGCCCCGCCUGAGGAACCACCGGCCCGCCUCGGGCUCGGACGUCAGCCGCGAGCCGCUGUACGCGCUGGGCAGCAUGGCCUUCAGCGCCCUGGGGCCCGCCACUCAGACGGCCAUCGCCAUCGGCAUCUCGCUGCUGGCGCUCACCGCGCUGCUGCUGGUGGCCAUGAUCUACAGCCGGCACCAGCAGCGGGAGAAGGAGGCGGACGUGUCGGAGAAGGAGGAGAGCAUCCUGUACGUCAACGACUACUCGGACGGGCCCACCACCUUCGCCCAGCUGGAGGAGUACCGUGACGAGCGGGGCCACGAGAUGUACGUGCUGAACCGCGCCAAGCCCGUCCUGCCGCCCGCGCCCCCCGCCUCCGCCGGCCCCCUGGGGGGUUACCCGGCCCCGGCCCCCUCCGACAGCCUGUCCUCCUGCAGCCCCGUCCGCUCGGCGGGGCCCGGACAGGCCGUGAGCCCGGCCCCGGCCCCCAAGAAGCAGCAGCAUCAACUCCAGCAGCAGCAGCAGCAGCAGCAGCAGCAGCAGCAGCAGCAGCAGCAGCUGGAGAAGCUGGAGAAGCUGGAGCAUCAGCAGGAGCCGGACAUACGGACCAUGCGGAGGAUGGCUGGGGAGGGGGGUGAGGCGGAGCCCGUGGUCACGUCCGAGGCGGAGGGGAUGUUCCUCAACCACACGGGCCUCUUCAUGGACUCCCAGAUCGCCUACGAGAUUCACUGCUGAGGAGGCGCCCGCGUGGAAAACUUAAGCUAAAGAAAUCCAGAGAUCCCUAAACGUUCGAGAUGGGAUACGUGACUCCGCUUGAUUCAUUCCGCUUACUGUGCUUCUUGUGCUGACCAUUCGUGUGUGAGACAUAAAAACAAACGACAAAAACAAACCGACCCAUUGAGGUGAAGGGGGGGAAAAACACGCAACGCGUCGAGAGAGGAACACGAGCCUGGUGCCUAAAAAGGAACGCCAUUCAUACGUGGAGGUUCAGGAGAAGGACUUUGUUCAGGUUGGUCCUCGCCUCACCUGGGUGACCUCGCGUGUGUAUGUGUGAACAACCCCCCCCCCCCCCCCCCCGCCCGCCCUCACCCCUUUCUCUUACACUAUUAGACUUGAGGUGAUGUCACUGCACCAGACAAGGUUCCUGUGCUGGGGCGAGACACUUUGCCAGUGAAGGUGAUUACUUGAGAGAAGGCUUUGGCUGCUGUGACUCACUCACAUCGCUCCAAUCAAAUCUGAAAGUAAAUCCGUCUGAUGUUUGCAUAAAGCGACCCCCCCCCAACCCACUCCACAAACCCACACACACACACACACACACACACACACACACACACACACACACACACACACACACACACGCACACACUUUCAUACAAUAAUACUGAGGGUAGACUAUAUUCUGUUGUCUAUAUGGUCACGGAGGGUAGAUACAUUCAACAGUAUAUUACUGCGUUGGAUCUACUCAUGAUGUUUCAACAUGAGAUAGCAGGGAGGAAACUCUUCGAGUCGGUUUAGCCAUACAUCUGGGACCUCAUGUACAAAAGCAUCCACAGUGUUUGAUACGGGACGUGGAACAAGCUGCGUCCAUGUUACAACACAAAUCACUGAAGCUAAACCUUGUUUGUGGUCGUACAGGGGGAAAAUGAUCGAUGAUUUGUGAGCGUGUUAUGACUGCCUGAGUGGGUACAUAUAGCCAGGGGGGGAAAUAAACAUAGUUCAAGUAAUUGGAUACAAUUCACCGUUACAUAACGAACAGCUAAUGUUAUUUUUUUUAUUGAUUAAGAUUCAGCAGAGGACCAGUCGUCCAAUUAUUUCUUCACAUACAACGUAUAUUAUCUCCAGACAGGCCUUUCGUACAGUCCUACUUUACAAGAGGGAACUAGUAGCUGUCAUAUCAAGGAUGAAAUGUAUGGAAAGCAUGUGUCGAUGGAGCGUUAAUUGGAUAUUAUAUUAUUCGGUCUAAGGGAAUAUUUGAGUUCAUUCAAAGUAAAACUUAACGCAGAUUUAGAGUGGUUUGCUACUCGGUGCAAUCUAAAUGUACAGAUUUACAUUUCCACACACAUAAGUAUUUGACUAAUUCCUUGCUAAAGUUAGUGUGUUAACAGGUUUUAAAAGAUAGCACUACAAGUCAAGUCAUAAAAAUAGGGAAUAUUGAAUUGUGUUAUUUGCUUAAGAGUCAUCUAUCAGAGAUCAAAUUAAUAUCGUAAAGGUGCUUAGUAAAAAUAUAUUCUAAAGGGAUUUUCUGUAGCCUUCCCUACCCGUCUUUUCUUCCUUAAAAAACGUCUCUCAGCAUUGGUUAUUCAAAUGUUAAAAAAUACCGACACAGAUGUCUGCUCCUUCUAUGUACCAGGGCAUAGUAGUAGACUCAACUUCACUUGUUGAGUCUACUACCCUUGCCCUGGUUUCUUGUACAUGGCAAAUGUGUUAUUGCAGAAAACCACCAGUAGGGGGCUGUCAAAGAUUUUUGUCUUGCACCUAUUUCUGAAUACUCAUGGUGUUAGGAGAGUGGAGAAAGGUUUGGAACCUUAAUUUGAGUCGCAGUGAGUCGAAUGACUGGUAGUAGCAGCAAAUAACAGUUAUUACUAUGUAAUCAUACUGUCGGCACUGCUCUAGAGAACUGCUCCCUUGUGUCAGGCCCAUUUUGUUGACAGCACUGCUAGAUUCACAUUUAUAAGAUACUAUUUUACAAAAGAAAAUAAGCCAGGGUUUUUUGUUUUCAUGUUCAGCAUGCCAGAAGUUCAAGAUAAUGCCGCCACUGUCUUUCUCCAAAGUUCUCAGGAAUGGAAUUUAAAAGCAUAGAAUGUAUCCAUCUGCGGUUCUUCGUUAAUGAAGUUUCCCUUUUGAAUCGGGACUCUCUCAACGGGCGUUGACAGCCUCUGACACUGGGACAUGUCACAAGUUCAGCUUCCUAAGUCGCAGAUUUAAAAAGAGAUAAUAUACGAUAUCUUCAUGACGUUGAAACAUUUAAUGGCUGCCAUAUUUUUCAUGGUUAGGUGUCUCCAGACUGUUUUAUAAUUCUAGACUCGAUGUAGGCCUUUGUCUUCGAUUUUUUAAUACAGUCGUUUAAAGUAGCACAAAUGAAUGUCAAAAUAUGACUAUUACCCAAAAUAAUGGACUAUACGGGAAGAUGCUUGAUCACAGAAACACAUUCUAUCCGUUUAAAUUCUAUGAUUUCAGCCAAUGUUCCCUCCUAAUCAACAUCAAUGUACAGUGUGAAGAUGCAUGGUGAUGUAUUUCAAGGGCAUUAUCUAUCCUUUUAUUUCUCCUUUUAUAUGUAAUAAUCUUGUAAAGUAUGAAAGUGUAAGAUAUGCUUGCUAUACAGAUGGGGUUUCCUCUACAAACCUCAAUCUUCCCCACUCUAAGUCAUAUAUUUGUUUACGUUUUUAAUUAUGCAGAGUCUAGGAAUUCCUAUUCCAAAAGAUAUUAUCUGGUACAGAUGGUUCGUAAUAAUCUGGGGCAGGGCAAUGCAGCGGCGGGGAUGUACGGCUCCCAGCCGACAGGUGUUGAGAUCCAUCCCCAAUGCCGCAGCCUACCUGCAGGGGGCCUCCUGGAGCCAGAUGGCCCCUGGGUCCCUACCCUAGGUCCCUUCCCACCUGCCCCACCUACCUGCUUCCUUAAUGACAUGUAUCUGAAUCCAUUGUAAGUCGCUUUGGGUGAAAUUGUCUCCUAAAUAGGUCCACAACGCACAUGAACAAUGUCUCCUUUUAUAUCAAGGGUGGUUUAUUGACCGUUAUUGAUUUCUUCAUUACCCAUGGGACAUUUCUGAUCUCCUGGCUGAAAACACUGCGUCAUGCUUAGAUGCAACGGUGGAUGUUAGAUGUUGCCUCAUCCUUAUAUUCUCUUAUCCCUCAAGAACUUUGAAAGUUGAUACCUCAAAUGGCCUGAUUUAUUUGCCGAAUUAAUUCAAGAACAUAAUAUUGAUGUUUACAAUGAUAUAUUCGAUUCACAUGUCAUUCAUUUUUGUUUGCUGCGGUUAUCACGCAACAAUGUAAGAAAACAUUCAGACACACAAAUGUGCAUUCGAACCCACGGAUCAAUUCUAUCAUCAAGUACUUCAGCCAUUAUUUGAAAAUCAUGUCAUCUCAUUGUCUUCAUUCAAUCUUUGCUAGAAGUACAAAGCUACGGCAUUUGACUCAGCCAUGUCGUUGUUCAUUACGUAACCAGUGCUACAUGUUUGUUAUGGCUGCUAUAUAAUUCUCUGUGGGUAUACAAUUGUUUCUACUAUGGUUGGUUUGUUAUUUUAAACAUGUUCAGCAUAUUACCUAGUGUAUUGAGUACCAAUUAUUUAUUGAUUUGUAUGUUUAUAUUCAGAUCAACUUUAUUUAAUAUACUUAAUUUAUUCAAAUCCCUUUGUGAAUGUAUUUAUUUUGGGGGAUUUAAAAAAUGUAUUGUAUGCUCCAUUCUAUUUUAAAGUAAUAAAGUCAAUCUGUGCCGUUCCUA